GGCAGUAUGCGAGACGACCCAUGAAAGUAACAGUGCGCCUUCCGUCCACCUUCGCUGGGCUUGCGAGCGCGAACGCCAGAUAGACCGAGCCAGUUAUACGCUCAUCGUCCUGGAGAACGGUGCUCGCGCCUCGUCCCCGCAGGGUAUAGGGAAGCCCGCGUCGUCCUUCAAGUGUCGUCGUACAGAUACAAGGUCGCGAGUGCAACGGGCGAUUUCGCAUUUCGCCGCUGUGGGCCCGUGCACUUUAAGCGGAUGUAUCUGACGCGCGAUGUGUGCAAGCUGAGGAUCUCCUGACUGAACACCGCAAUUAAAUCACUGAGGGAUUAGACCAAGCGAUUAAACAUGGACUGGGAGGUGCGAGCGGCGUCGCUGAUUCUCUGCUUGGGAAUUCUGUUCGCGAUGAUACAAGAUGGAAUCGCCGAACGCAGAAUUGUCUGUUAUUACACGAAUUGGUCGGUGUACCGGCCCGGCACGGCGAAAUUCUCUCCUCAAAACAUAAAUCCAUAUCUGUGCACUCACCUGAUAUACGCGUUCGGAGGUUUCACGAAGGAAAACGCGCUAAGACCGUUCGACAAAUAUCAAGACAUCGAGAAAGGCGGAUACGCCAAGUUUACGGGUUUGAAGACCUACAAUAAGAACUUGAAGACGAUGCUGGCGAUCGGCGGCUGGAACGAGGGCUCCAGCAGAUUUUCACCGAUGGUGGCCGAUCCGGCGAGACGGCGGGAGUUCGUCAAGAACGCCGUCAAGUUCCUCAGGCAAAAUCAUUUCGACGGCCUCGAUCUCGACUGGGAGUAUCCGGCAUUUAGAGACGGCGGAAAGCCGCGAGAUAAGGACAAUUACGCCGACUUGGUGCAGGAACUUCGCGAGGAGUUCGAGCGAGAGUCCUCGAAGACCGGAAGAUCGAGAUUGUUGCUGUCGAUGGCGAUGCCCGCCGGCGUCGAAUACAUCGACAAGGGUUACGAUGUACCGAGGCUCAACGAUUACUUGGACUUCAUUAAUCUACUCUCUUACGACUAUCACUCGGCGUACGAACCCGCUGUCAAUCAUCAUUCGCCGUUGUAUCCACUGGAGGAGAACAAUGAGUACAAUUACGAUGCGGAAUUGACUAUCGAUUAUACAAUCACUCAUCUCCUGGAGAAAGGUGCGUCCGCGGAUAAGAUCGUUCUUGGAAUACCAACGUACGGUCGGUCGUACACGUUGUUCAACCAAGAUGCAACCGAGCUUGGAUCACCCGCGGAUGGUCCAGGCACCGAGGGAGAGGCCACUCGAGAGAAGGGCUAUCUUGCCUAUUAUGAGAUUUGCGAGAGUAUAGCGGAAUCCGACGAGUGGGAAGUCGUUCAACCAAAUCCCAAAGCCAUGGGACCGUAUGCCUUCAAAGGCAAUCAAUGGGUAGGGUACGAUGACGAGGACAUAGUCAAACUGAAAGCUCACUACGUGAACGAGAAGAAGUUGGGAGGCAUCAUGUUCUGGUCGAUAGACAACGACGAUUUCCGCGGCAAGUGCCACGGUCGACCUUAUCCAUUAAUCGAGGCUGCCAAAGAAGCGUUGCUUACGGAUAAUAGCAGGAAUACGAUCGACAAAACGAAGUCAAUAGACAGCCGGAAGAAGACUCGCACUCAAAGCAACACUCGUAAGUCGAGCACGAGCAGUCGAAGAAGUACAACUACAUCAGCUCCGAUCACCACCAAACGCGUGUCCUCUUCAAGACCAAAACACCGUUUUAUUUCGCAAGCGAGCAAGGAGGAACAAGAAGAUCGAGAGGUAUCGAGGAGAUCGUACGAUCCGUCAUCGGAAGAGGACACGGAGGGUAGAAACACCGUGAGAGUCACUGAGAAAAUCGAACGACCGAAGAAUCGAAACAGGAGUAAAACGAGAAGCGGUGCUACCGAUCGCAGCACCCGUAGAAAGCCAUCCAGACGUAAGGAGCAGAGCAAGACUGGCGAGAAUGAGGAAUCCCCGAGCAACAAGCUAACGACUCCUGAGCCACCAACCACUCCCGAUCCAGGAACCGACUUUAAAUGCGAGGACGAAGGCUUUUUCCCGCAUCCUCGAGAUUGCAAGAAGUACUUCUGGUGUCUCGACAGUGGUCCCAGUGGACUUGGCGUGGUUGCGCAUCAGUUCACCUGUCCUUCAGGAUUGGUAUUCAACAAAGGAGCGGACUCUUGCGAUUAUCCACGCAACGUGAUUUGUCCCAAAGCGUUGAAAGCAUCAAUUGUCUCGACCACCAGAUCGCCCAUUACGGCCGCGACAAGCCGAACAACUUAUUUGCACAGCACAACUACCGCAAAGGCGGAAUCGGAAGAAUACGAUUCGGAGGAAGAUUAUGACGAGAUCGAGGAAAGCGAGGAAGAGGAAGAGGAAGAGGAGGAGGAGGAGGAGGAGAAGGAGAAAAUAAAGGAAGAACCGAAGACUACCACGACGGCGAAACCACUCGUGUAUAAAACACUCACCAGAAAUAGACCAAGUACGACCACUACUACGACAACCACAUCGAAACCAAGCGAACCGGAGAGAAUCAUCGAUAGCGAAGACGAGGAGGAUCCGAAGGUGAUCAAGGAACUCAUCGAUCUCAUAAAAAAGGCCGGCGGAAUAGAAGAGUUGGAAAAGCAAUUGCUACUUCAAGAGAAGAAUUCGGACUCGAUCAGGUCGAGUAGCGAAAGCGUUACGCCAGCUACGAUUAGUCGUAGUUUGUACGAGCGUGUAUUAAGUCGCCAAGCGAGCAGAAUCGGUAAUCGGCCCAUAUUAUCGUCCUCGGAAACUAGUUACGUGAACGGGCCGGGAAGAGCACAGUUCGAAGGCUUGGACGAUAUUCCCGAAGUGAAGAGUCUCAGGCGAUCGGAGAAACCUCAAUACGUCACCAUCGAGAGGUCCAAAUCGGUCACGAAAGGAUCUUCCUCGGAGAACGAAGAUAUUGAUGAAGAGGAAGAAAGUGACAACACUGACGUAGCUUCUUCCGAGGAGAAAACCGUCAGCAAUCCGUUGGAAGGUAGCUCGUCUGCGCAGCGAGUGACGCCAAGUUACGUAAAUAUUCGACGAACUCGACUUUCCACCACGACGUCUAGAACCGAGAACGACGUGGAAGGGAAAGAGAUAGAAAUCGAGGAGGAAAGACCGACUCGCAGACGACGACCGUACGUUUCUUCGAAACAACAAGAUAAUGAAGCAAGUUCUGAAACGCCUAAACUUUUUCGAAAUCGUAGUUCGGGUUUCAGGAAAUCAGAGAAGAGGAACGAUUCGAAAAGCACGGAUCGAUCAGCAGAGAAAGAUAAUGAUUCAUCAACAACCAAAUCUAGGUACACCAACGUACAAAGGUUCAGAAGUACUACUUUGAAAACUUCGGAGGAUUUGUCUAGCACAGUACCUUUAUCGGAGGUCACCAGCGAGACUAUUUCACCGACGAGACCAGAAGAGAAUCCUGAAGUACCCAGGACAACAGCUAGUACGACCGCAUCGUUGCCAACGACGCCUGCAGCGACCACUUCGACCUCCACCGAGAUCAUCACCGUGAUCAGCGUCGAGCCGCCGGAAAACUCAUCAAGCGUCAGUCCUAAAGCAAACAUCGGCUCCACCACUGACUCGGUGAAACUGGUGGAAGAUUCGGCAACGGAGAUCCUGUUCACAACGUUGCCAGCAGCUAGCAGCAGUUCAAGCCAAUCGACAACGACGACAACGACGACGUUGGCGAGUAGACCGACGAUCGCCGUGGUGUCACAACCGCGACCGUUCGGUUUCACCAGACGAAGAUCUGGUUCAUCGGAAGCGACGACGACAGCGACGGCGACGACCCCGUUAAGCAGGUCCAAGGUGAGUAUUUCGUCGCGAAAUCCUACGCGUCCAUCCAGCCCGGUUCAGGGGCGAGUUCGAUCAAGGACGAGACCGACCAACCGAGUUACCGAGGAGGAGUCGGUGGAUCAAGUAAACGCUCCACGCGCGGAGGCUUCUACGUCCAGGAGCAGGGAACUUAGCAGAUCGCGCAGUAGGGGAUCCAGCAGGUACAUCCCGUCGUCGAGAUCAAGAACGCAGGACGUUUCCACGAAUUCCGUUCCCGGUUCCAGGACUAGAGAAAGAGGCAGGACAACAGGUUCGACGACCGUCAGCACAGCCACCAGCGAUGACCUCAGGAGAAGAUAUCGGAGACCUAACAGAGUCAACAGCACAGUAGAAUCCACCAAACCCAACGAAUUGGACGAAAGUUCGAUAGUCAGAAUAACGCAAGGCAGUUCUAGGAGAAACUCGUUGUUUCGAUCGCGAUCCGAUCACAGCAGUGACGAGGAGAACGAUAAGAUAACGAACAUCAGGGUCUUCAGGAAGCCAACUGUUAAUCGCGAGUUAUACGACAGGACGAAGUAUACGAGGAAGAGGAACAACGUGGAAGAGCCGGCGCAAAAAGUGAAUGACGAAUCGAACCAGGAACACACCGAUAAGAUCGAGGGAAACGAUUUGCUGAACAGCGUCGAUCAAUCAACCGCUACGGUUGAUUCCGUCAUCGAAUCGAACACCAUCCAACCGAUCUACACUGUGAAACCGAUCGUACAAAUUGGCGUGACGACUGUAUCUAGUAACAAAGUGGAUUAUACGAGUGACCGACCUGAGGAUGCUGUAGCCACGACGACUGCUCACAUCGAAGCUCACGAAUUUAAUCCCGAUUUGGUGACAAUCGUUUCUACCGGACGUACCGUUGAUGCGGAAAAGACAUCGAUAGCGCCAAGAAAACGAAAGGUUCUGCUACGAAGGAGACCGAUAUCAUCGAGCACAGCUGCCAACAUUAUUGAAACAGAAGAAGAGGAAAGACCUCAGGUGUCUCACAGACGAAAAGUGAUAAAACGUAAACGCCCGUCUCAAGACACUUCAUCGACAUCGCUUGAAGUUUCCCUCGAAGAAGAAAAGGUUUCGAAGUUUCUUCUAGAAACGACAACUCCGAUGGGAAGCGAUAAAAGUGUUGACAAAUCGACAGCUGCUACAGUUAUUCUGAGCAAAAAUGCCGAAGAAUCGACGAUCGCUACUGGUUUAACCGGAUUUACGAGAGAAAUGGAAGAUUCGACUCCAACUAUCACGGAAACCACCUUGUCCACCGAUAACAACGCUGAUGGUUUCACGAAGGUUACUUUGGAGACUCCCGCGACUGAAACCACGACGAUAUCAGGCGAGGAAACUACAGAUGUUCUCAGCACCGCCACUAUAUCGACGAUUAACACGGACGCCGACGAAGUUCGUCAGUCGACGAUUGAAAUAGGUGCUGAAACUACUACGAUGGAAUCAACGCUGGCGACAGCCACGGUUUACAACACUGAAAGCAAUACGUUUCUGGAAGAUACGUUGUUACCGUUUACCGAAAACCUGCCCACUACUCGCGUGCAAAUAAUCACCACAUCGCCCACGUCAGAUUCAGCCACUACUCGCGCACAAGCGACUACCACGCCGUUCACGAUUCGGAUUCUCGAAUCAGAUCCGUUAUCGGCCGCAAAAUCGAGCUUCGAGUCGAGAUACGCGCGUAAGAAGUUUAUUCGCAAGAGUCCUGCAUCGUCUUCGGGGAACGCGACCAAUCGAUAUCCUGCGUUAUCGUCGACAGAAAACAGCAGCCUCGAGGUUCUCUCAAGACGCAGGAACAACUUGUUCAAUCGACGUCAUCCGGUUUCUUCUACCACCGCCAACACACUUCGCGAUGAUCUGAAGUAUCAGGAAGAGAAAGAAGAGGAUAUAGAUAGCGGAUCCCGCGACUUGGCUAGACAGGACGUUGCAGAAGAUACGACCUUGAAGAGCAAGUCGAUUUCGACGAAUGGUUUUUCAGAUGACUUCGCAGAAUUCUGGAAAUAUUAUACUACAAAUUCGUUAAGAGGCCAAACGAACUACCCUUCAGUCCGUGUCGAGGAUGUUGAAGAUCACAAAGUCGCGAGAACGGAGCACGCAGAAGAUAAUACGUAUCAAUUGACAUCGAUUGCCACUCGCGGACCCGAGGUUCGGUCGCGAUACAAGGUUCCCAUAAUUUUGAAAAGGCCAUUCGACCCUGAGGAGGCUUUGUCGCCCAGGCGAUAUCCUCCGUUAGACUCCGCGCCCGAAGAAUCUGAAGAGACACCGGAAACGAGGGAGGCGAGGCGCAGGCAAUCCGGCCUCCGGCAGCCGCGAACGCGUUACAAACUUCUAGACCGGGAAAACGUCAAAAUCGACGAAGAAACUACGUUGCCGAGUCCGGAAUCCACGAGCACCUGGCAAUAUUUCAGAACGCGCUCGUACCCAAGACGUUCGUCGUCGACCAGCACGGAAGCGACGGUCACGGAGACCCUGAUACCGGCGAAGAAAUUCGAUUACGUCGCGGAUGCCUUUUAUCGGAAGCAGCAGUCGCUGAGAACAACGACGCCGAGAAGCAGUGAUUCUCUUGACUCGCAGAACCUGAUUGAUCCAUUUUACAUACGUGCCACGACGGUGAAGCCGUCCGUCACCAGGUUGGUGACCUCGGUAACCGAGUCCGGCACUACGGAGCGGCAGAAGAUCCUCAUCAAGACCAAGUACUCGUCGCUGACGUCGACCACGAGGAUACCAGCGGAUCAGUUUCCCCCAACGACCCCGUUGUCAGUUUCAGUGACUGGAGCCGACGACGACGAGUCCGCCAACGAAAUUCGUCAGGGUGUCGAGCGGUCCACUCUGCCGAUCGAGAGCGAGUUUAAUUAUCGUUACGAUGGUCGAUUCACUACGGAAUCUCACGAGUCCUCGACCAUCGAGAUCGAGUCGGUGUUCAGCAACCUGAUCGCCGGCAAGAGCUCCGCGAAGUAGUAGUAUACAAAUGUCGUUAUUAAUCAUCGACGUGGUCAACGUCGAUAAUGUACAUAGACUCAGCCAUUAAUUAAUUAAGAAGCCAAUUCCGAUCGCCGAUUUGUCGGAGAGAUUGUUAAAGAGUUAGUAGACGUCUGAACGUCACUAAUGUAAAUAUAGUAAUUAUAACGAGCUUAAUUAUAUUUAAGAUUGCUCUAAUGAGGUGAGACAUUAAACAAAUGCGACUACAUGAAUCAAAAGGAACGACAAGGACUCGCUAUAGCUCACGACGACCGACGACCGAAUAAUCGUCUUCACGCAUCAUCCUCACAUCAUCAAUAAUGACGUAUCAUAACGAACCUUCUUCUCCCACUUACUCAGAGGAACUCUUGACUGAAACCUCUGAUAACUCUCUUGAUGAUGUACUUCUACUUAUAUCAAUCACAAAUACAAUCAUCAUUAAACGCUAUCGAUGACCCAGGAUGACUCCUUAUUAUCCAAAUUAACGCAGCAAGCAAGACACGUUCGCGGCGCUUCAAUAGAUAACUAGAGAAUUCCCCCUCUUCACGUUCCCUCUUUUCUCUUCCAAGACUGGCGCAGCUCACGCACAGACAGAAAGACAGAAAGAAGGAGACUGCAAAGAAACACACUAUGGAGGGAAAGGGAAAGGAGAAAGAGAGAGAUCCCUGGGGAUCUCCGCAUUAAAGCGCGGUGCAUUGUUCUGAUUUUCAGGUCGCCGAUUCGGAAACUAUCAGGCUGCCGACCCUAAAGGAACUGAUCGGCUAUCCUACGACUUACUAUGA